UAGUUACUCAUUUCUGAGGCUUUCGUAUGUCCUCGCUCGGCGACUCCACCUUUCCCUUCUCCUCAAAGCCGUUUCCUCCUUACUGCGUCAAUCAUGGCCUCACUGCGCAAGCACCCUUGUUCUCUCCUCUCUGUUUUCCUUAUUCUACUCCUCUCAGAACAGUGGAUUCUGCAACUCGAGGCUCGUCACCAUAUCCACCGCCCUAAAUCCGCGUCAAGGAAACUGUUCGUUUUUGGUGACUCGUACGCGGACACCGGAAACAUCCGAAGAGGACUAUCUAAGGUCUGGAAAGAGCCUUAUGGGAGCACCUUUCCCGGCAAACCCGCCGGUCGAUUUUCCGACGGAAGAGUCCUCACCGACUAUAUCGCUAAGUAUUUGAAAGUGAAGUCACCAUUGCCUUUCGGAAUGCUAAAACAACAGCCACAUCACGGCAAAUAUGGGAUAAACUUUGCUUUUGGUGGAACUGGUGUUUUCAACACCUUAAUUCCAGGGCCAAACAUGACCACCCAGAUCGAUCAAUUUGAAAGCCUCAUCAAUGGCAAUGAAAUCAAUGAAUCCGACCUUGCCAAGUCAGUUGCCCUUGUCUCCGUGGCCGGGAAUGACUACAGCAACUUCUUGGCCACCAAUGGCUCGAUCAGUGGCCUAUCUUCUUUUGUUGGCGUAGUGGUGAAUCAGACGGCUCUCAAUAUGCAAAGGAUUCAUAAGUUGGGAGUGAAGAAAAUUGCAGUGACUUCGCUACCACCUCUUGGAUGCGUUCCCGAGAUCACAGUCUCAUCGUCAUACAAAGCUUGCAACGAUACCUACAACACGCUCGUCUCGAUUCAUAACAGCUACUUACUGAAUGCAGUAGAGAAGGUGAACGGAGAAAGCGAGGAGAAUUUCAGCUUCGUGAUGGUUAACCUUUAUGAAAGUUUCUUGUCAGUGCUGAAUGCCACCGAAAAACAAAAUAGCCAUAAAAUGGAGAACACGUUUAAGCCAUGCUGCGCAGGGGUGAGCACUGAGUAUUCGUGUGGGAGUGUAGACGAUAAGCAGGACAAGAAAUAUAGGGUUUGUCAGUAUCCCAAUGCAUCUUUCUUCUGGGAUAUGGUUCACCCCACACAGGCUGGGUGGCAUGCCGUCUAUAACAAACUGAGAAACACCUCUGAUCUUCAACAACUUCACUACUGAUACAAACAAUAACAGAGAGAGUUUGUUUCUGUCUCUUUGGUAGAAAGGAAGUUUGUGGUAGUAGUCAGCAUGUUUCGGCCGUUUUUCGGGUGUGCAAUGAGUCGUAGUUGAGUAGGAUUUUGCUUUAAUGGUCUUUCUUGUCCUGCGAACCAGGUGGGGAGGGCGUGUGUGAUUUACUCAGUUAUUUUUCUUGAUAAGUAUAAGAAGCAGGUUCCAUUUUCCCCGAGUUAUUGAAAGCAAUGUGUGUAGACCUCUUCCUGUUAAUAUUUCCAUGUUAUUCUGGUUGAAUUUUGUUUAA